AGGUAUACAGCACUGCAACAAAACCAGCAAUGGACCUUCUCUCUUUCUUUCUCCCACAACCAGACAAAUAAACACACUCUCAAAGAAAGAGAAACUCAGAAACACCAUUCCUCUCUCUCUCUCUCUCACUUUUUCUUCUUCCCUCCUCUUCACACUCUCUUCUAACACUCUUUUUUUUUUUUUUCUUUUUUCCAAAAACGACCUCGUUUUACAAGUGCUUCUCCGAUUUUCGCAUGCACCGUCGCUUUCGGGAUUUCUUGUGUGGGGGUGUGCCGGCGACGACGACGUAUGGUUAAACAAUCGGAUCUAACUUCUUCUGGGAAAGUGGUUGGUGUUUUUCCGAUGUUGGACUUGUAGAACACUUUGUGAAAUCUGAGAUCUAGGCUCUUGGGAACGAUUAGGUAUAAUCCGAGUAGUUGAAGGCUUUGGAUAUUUGGGUUAGAAAUUUGAAUUUGCUGGUUCUCUGAAGCGAGGAAAAAAUGCAGAGGCCUCCACCUGAAGAUUUUCUGUUGAAGGAGACCAAACCCCACCUUGGAGGGGGAAAGGUCUCUGGUGAUAAACUUACCAGUACCUAUGAUCUGGUUGAGCAAAUGCAGUACCUUUAUGUGAGGGUUGUGAAGGCCAAGGACUUGCCUGCCAAAGAUGUCACUGGGAGUUGUGAUCCUUAUGCUGAAGUCAAGCUUGGGAACUACAAGGGUACUACCAGGCAUUUCGAGAAGAAAACCAAUCCUGAGUGGAACCAGGUUUUUGCCUUCUCGAAGGACCGGCUUCAAGCGUCUGUGCUGGAGGUUACCGUGAAGGAUAAGGAUGUUGUGAAGGAUGACUUCAUCGGACGUGUCUGGUUUGACCUGAAUGAGGUCCCCAAAAGGGUGCCUCCAGAUAGUCCUUUGGCGCCCCAAUGGUAUAGAUUAGAAGAUAGAAAGGGUGACAAGGUGAAGGGAGAGCUGAUGUUGGCUGUUUGGAUGGGUACCCAGGCUGAUGAAGCUUUUCCCGAAGCUUGGCACUCGGAUGCUGCUACGGUUGGUGGAAGUGAUGCUCUUGCCAACAUUAGAUCGAAAGUGUAUCUGUCUCCUAAGCUUUGGUAUUUGAGGGUUAAUGUGAUUGAGGCACAGGACUUACAGCCAACUGAUAAGGCUAGGUACCCUGAGGUUUUCGUGAAGGCUAUUCUGGGGAAUCAAGCCUUGAGGACCAGAAUCUCUCAUAGUAGGAGUAUUAAUCCAAUGUGGAAUGAGGAUUUGAUGUUUGUGGCAGCCGAACAGUUUGAGGAACCGCUGAUAUUGAGUGUGGAGGAUAGAGUUGCCCCUAACAAGGAUGAAGUGUUGGGGAGGUGUGCUAUUCCUCUGCAGUAUGUGGAAAAGAGACUAGACCACAAACCAGUGAAUACAAGGUGGUUCAAUCUGGAAAGGCAUAUUGUUGUUGAGGGGGAGAAGAAGAAGGAUACCAAAUUUUCAAGCAGGAUUCACAUGAGGGUUUGUCUAGAAGGUGGCUAUCAUGUUUUAGACGAAUCUACUCACUACAGCAGUGAUCUUCGUCCAACAGCGAAACAGCUGUGGAAGUCUGGCAUUGGUGUUCUUGAACUGGGGAUAUUGAAUGCUCAUGGUUUGAUGCCGAUGAAAACGAAGGAUGGGAGAGGGACAACAGAUGCUUAUUGUGUAGCGAAAUAUGGGCAGAAGUGGGUCAGGACAAGGACAAUCAUUGACAGCUUUGCUCCAAGAUGGAAUGAGCAAUAUACUUGGGAGGUUUUUGAUCCUUGCACUGUCAUUACAAUUGGUGUGUUUGAUAACUGUCAUCUGCAUGGUGGAGACAAGGCUGGUGGAGCAAAAGAUUCAAAGAUUGGAAAGGUGAGGAUUCGUCUUUCCACCCUUGAGACUGAUCGGGUCUAUACACAUUCCUAUCCACUUCUUGUUCUUCACCCAAACGGGGUGAAGAAGAUGGGUGAGAUUCACUUGGCUGUGAGGUUCACUUGUUCAUCUCUGCUCAAUAUGAUGCACAUGUAUUCACAACCCUUGUUGCCAAAAAUGCACUACAUACACCCGCUGACUGUCAGCCAGCUCGACAGUCUGAGGCAUCAAGCUACUCAGAUUGUUUCAAUGAGACUGAGUCGUGCCGAGCCACCGCUGAGAAAAGAAGUAGUGGAAUAUAUGCUGGAUGUGGGUUCCCACAUGUGGAGUAUGAGAAGAAGCAAAGCCAACUUCUUCAGGAUUAUGGGGGUUUUGGGUGGUCUAAUUGCUGUAGGAAAAUGGUUUGAUCAGAUUUGCAAUUGGAGAAGUCCAGUCACUACAAUUCUGAUCCAUAUCUUGUUCAUAAUACUAGUUAUGUAUCCAGAGCUUAUCUUGCCUACAAUUUUCCUUUACCUCUUCUUGAUUGGAAUUUGGUACUACAGAUGGAGGCCAAGGCAACCUCCUCACAUGGACACUCGUCUCUCUCAUGCAGACUCGGCACAUCCAGAUGAACUUGAUGAAGAGUUUGACACAUUCCCUACCUCCCGGCCAAAUGACAUUGUGAGGAUGCGAUAUGAUCGACUUAGAAGCAUUGCUGGGAGGAUUCAAACUGUGGUUGGGGACUUGGCCACUCAGGGUGAAAGGCUGCAAUCUUUGCUAAGCUGGCGUGAUCCCAGAGCUACAUCACUGUUUGUGCUUUUCUGUCUAGUUGCUGCUGUUGUUCUGUACGUCACUCCGUUCCAAGUUGUGGCCCUCUUGACAGGAAUUUAUGUGUUGAGACAUCCAAGGUUUCGCCAUAAGCUUCCGUCGGUGCCACUUAAUUUCUUCAGGAGGCUGCCUGCAAGAACUGAUUGCAUGCUCUGAAGCCUGGACAGUGCAGAAUGGAGCUUGCCUUCUCCUGAAGGCAGUAGAUUUUGUGCAUUUAUUGUUCGUUAUCAUGUCACAGGAUUUUCUGUUUUCACUUUUGAACUUCAUGGUAGUCUUUUUGUAAUUUUGUAGGUUUGAGUUGAAAUUCACUUCAACUUGAUUACUUUCGUGCUUGAUUAGAUGUAGUAGUGUUUCUCAAUGGGGGAGUUAAUUAGUUUGUAUUGUGAUGGCAGUGGAGUUAAUUUGUGUUUUUCUCCCCUCCAUUAUUUUUUAAGAUGCUGUUUGGUGCGUUUCUUUUAAAAUCUCCAUAUUUCUAGUUU